CCUACUAUGUACGCAAUUUGACAGCGCCGAAUGUUUGAAAUGCGAAAAUGGUCAGCAAGCAUGCUUGUCAGUGCUGAAAACAUUCUAAAUAUACGCAGUGCUGUGCAACGUCGAAGUCUGUGCAGGCGACGGCAAGGAAUGCUAACCUAAUAUAGCCAGCUACAUUGUCUCCUGCAUGUCUUGUUUAUGAAACGAUUGUGGUUUUAAUGGAAAAAUCGUUACACGAUGACCGCUUUUUGAGUUUUCAUAACUAGCUAGCUAAUAAGUGAACUGUUCCCAUUGAUUAUAUUCUUUGCUAAUGUAUUCAUGCUUUCCAAUGUAUUACAUCAGUAGUUGACCAAUGUCAUGGCUGGGUAGCUGCUUUGUUUGGCAUCAUAUGUAAGUUCUGAUGCCGAGCAGGCUUGAGGUAAAAUAAACAGUGUCUGGCGAACCUGCCAGCGCUAGUUAACGUUAGCUUCCACAAUGAUCAACAUCUCUAUGUUGUUACGCUCUUUAACUCGGAGUGCAAGGUGGCCCGCACUGCUAACUGACAGCAAACUUUGGCCGUCAGUUCCGCUCCAGUCAGCAACGCGGCUUCUCACAGGGACUUCUCCCAGUUCAAUCCUGGAAUAUUCCAGAGCCAAUUUACAAUUCAGGAGCCAAGAGAGGUUUUUCAAGAGAAAAAUAAAAGCAAUAUACAAGAGGUAUUCAGACAUCCCAGAUGGCAUUGUGGUCCAGGGGCGUCACCAUGUUUACUUUGAGGAAGGAGGCAGUGUCUACAGGAUGGGUCUCGUUCAGGGUGAGCGAAACGUGGAGGAGGUCCUUCGUACGGAUGGGGAAGGCCACGGAGAGGCGAUCUUGCAGCGGGUUCGAAUCUCCCCAAAGGAGGGUACGCUCGCGGCCACUCUCAGGUGCCCUGGGAGUGCGGACAAGGACACCAGGUGUCUCCUGGUGAGGCUGAGGGGCUCCCCCGACCCCCCUAAACCACUUCUCACGCUCGACAGAGUCUUCAGCUUUGAAUGGGCCACGGAUGAAAUCCUUUUCUUCACCACGGUGAAGGGCCUGCGGUGUCACCGCGUUUUUCGCCUGGACCUGAGCGCGGCAGAGCCAGAGAUCACUCUGGUGCAUGAGGAGCAGGACCCAGAGUUUUUUGUUGAAGUGAGCAGCUCCAGAGACAGGAAAGUGCUGACAGUCAACUGCAGCAGUAAAAGCAGUUCAGAGGUGUGGCUUAUUGACUGCAGCACGCCCCUUGCUCCGCCCAGACUGGUUCAGCCCCGCCUCCCUGGCGUGCUUUACCAUGUGGAGCACAGGGACCAGCAGCUGUAUGUCCUCGCCAACACUGCGGCAGGCCGGGAAUACCAGCUGCUGAGAGCGCCUCUCGCCUGUCCCUCCAUGGGAAAUUGGGAACCGCUGUUCACCCCUGCCCCUGGAACAGGUCUGAGGGACAUGGAGCUCCUCCGGGACCACUGCGUUCUGGCCGUUCGGACCCCUGGCGGCCCUCUCAAACUCCAAACGGUGCCGUUGGCUGACCCCACCUGCGUCUCCACACUACAGCUCCCCACGUGGGCCUGUGCGAUAGAGACCCAGCCCGACCGAAUGACGGACAGCGAGGGCUUGCGCUUCCUCCUCUCAUCCCCGGUGCACCCACCUGCCCUGUUCCACUACGCCCCGCGGGAGCACCGGCUGUACGUGCAGAAAGACUCUGCUGGACCCCCCUUACCACCCUACCACACCACACGGCUGGAGGCCCCCAGCCAGGAUGGCACUAUGGUCCCGCUCACAGUGUUUCAUGCAUGUGCUUGGGACGACCUGAAGGGGGUGCCAUUGCUGCUGCAUGUGUAUGGGGCCUAUGGCCUGGACCUACACAUGGGGUUUAGCCCUGAGAAGAGGCUACUACUGGAGGAAGGCUGGGCCCUUGCCUACUGCCAUGUCAGGGGUGGAGGGGAGCAGGGCCUGGGCUGGCACCAGGGGGGCCGUUUGGAGGGGAAGCAGAGAGGGGUGGAGGACCUGGCGGCUUGCGUCCAGCGGCUCUUCGACCUGGGCGUGUCUCGGCCCGCCUUGGCCGCUCUGGCCGCCCGCAGCGCUGGUGCAGUCCUGGCGGGGGCGCUGUGCAACCAGCACCCUCACCUGCUCCGAGCCGUCACCCUGCAGGCCCCUUUCUUGGACAUCCUGGGCACCAUGCUGGACCCCACCCUGCCCCUAACCAUUGAGGAGAGGGGGGAAUGGGGUGACCCCUUGGCCGAACCCCAAUACAGAGACUACAUCGCUUCCUACUGUCCCUGCCACAACAUCACACCGCAGCUGUACCCUUCAAUGCUGAUCACAGCCUACGAGGCGGAUGGGAGGGUUCCACUGGCGGGGGUGCAGCGGUACCUCCAGAAACUGACAGCGGCCAUUCAGGCGCAUGUCGGCAGUCGCUCCACACCAGAAUCAGAACACACACACCCAUCCAUUGUCCUGGACCUCCAGCCCGGCGGAGACCACUUUGGCCCAGAGGAUUUCGACCUGUCCUUGGAGGAGGCUGCCCGGCAGAUCGCCUUCCUGUACAGCGAGCUGGGGAUGGACGGAGGGGGCAGCAGGAAGAGGCGCAGGUAGACGCUGAUGUCACCGUGACGUCACCAACACCCCCGCGCUUUCCUGACAUGUGACGGCCGGGCUACCCAGCAUGCACAGGAUGGACAGACAGAGGGACACAGACGGAAUGACAGACCUACACAGUCCCAGCCUGCCCACGCCGUGAUGAGAUGUGUGUGUGCGCAUGAACGCAAGACUUCUAAAAUGUCCUAUUUUCAAAGAAGAGAGGCCGCCAAAUAUGAAAAUCUGCAAAUCUUUAAUUACAAAACAUUGAGAGGAACAACGCAUACGGAGCGACUCGAUUGGGAGCACAGGGACCUUGCGCAUUCGGGACCGCCCCGCCCCGCCCCAGUGCUGCGCGCUCAGCACUUGUACAGGAUGUUCAGUGCGCUCAUGUAGCAGGCCUUCUCCGACACGUAGCAGCGGGAGGCGUGGGCCGGGUGGAGCCGCGUGUGGGAGGAGUACUCCAGCACCAGCCCCUCCCCGGGCUCCGUCUGGAUUUUGGCCUUCUGAACGCGCUCCCCUUCCCUGCCCCGGGUGCCCACGCGCACGGUCAGCUGGUCCGGCAGCUCGGCCACGCCGGAGAGGUCGGUCACCGCGGCGCCCCCGAAGUUGAGCAGCACCAGGAAGGCGCGGGGGUAGCCGUCGAGCUCCCGCGCGAAGGCCAGGACGUCGGCGUCUCGGUGCAGGAAGCACGCCCAGCCCCGGUGCAGCGCCAGCUCCGACCGCCGCAGGAGACUGAGGGCCCGGUACUGCGCCAGGACCGACCCGGGAUCCGCCUUCUGGACCUGGGGAGAGAGCGCUGACCGUCAGCUCCCCUGCACACCCUGCACACCGUAUGACUGCAGCCCACAGCUGACCAGCUGCCUGCAUUUCACUACAGUGCAUUUACCAUGGGCUUACUGCACUGUGCCUCAGGACAUACAUUUGUAUCGUGAAUUGGUAACAUUAUAAAUAUACAAUUCCUUUUUUACAAAUGUUUUCAGAGUGUAUGUGGUAAAAUAAAAUUAUGCCAUUAAGUUUG